AUCUCAUUCGUACCUACCAACUUACUCCUAACUACCCGUUUGGCAAACAGUGAUCGUGCCAGAGGAUCUUGGAACGCAUCGUAACACCUCCAUCACGAACUACGACCACAUCGUCUCAUUUCCCGAUCCGUACCACGACAAGACACAAGCCGAACUGGUCAAGUGACCGAUCGCGCGCUUGUUUGACGUGACCAGUAUCGACCGUCACCUCUUCGUCCCGGACUGCACUCGUGUACCGCAGAAUACCACAUUCACCACCCCCACUGCACACCAGUGAACGCCUCAAACGCCCGACUUUCACGACUUCCGGCCGCUCGAUUGAGCCUCACAUUACGAAACAGAUAAGGGUGGGCCGAAGGCAGGCGGCAAGAUGAGUAGUCCAAAGCGCAGGAUAGAGACGGACGUCAUGAAGAUGAUGAUGAGCGACUACGAAGUGACACUUGUUAAUGACAAUAGUGAGCAGGAAUUCUAUGUCCGCUUCAAGGGGCCAGAGGAGACACCGUUUGUGGGUGGUCAUUGGAAGAUUCACGUAGAACUUCCGGAUCAGUACCCCUACAAAUCACCAAGCAUCGGCUUUGUCAAUCGGAUAUUCCACCCGAAUAUUGAUGAAUUGUCAGGCAGCGUUUGUCUCGACGUCAUCAACCAAACCUGGUCACCGAUGUACGACAUGGUCAACAUCUUCGAAGUCUUUCUGCCGCAGCUCUUGCGGUACCCUAAUCCUACGGAUCCUCUGAACGGCGAAGCAGCCGCUCUUUUGAUGAGAGACAGCAAAGGCUAUGAUGCCAAGGUCAAAGAAUAUGUCACGAAAUACGCAACGAAAGAAAGCGUUGACGAGGCUGGAAACGACUCUGACGAUAGUGACGAAAUGAGUAGCGUCGGUAGUUUCGAUGAUGACGAAGACGAUGAGCCAGCGGGGACCAUGGAAGUGUGAGGAUAGCCAACAGCAUGCAGAUGAUUGAUCGGUUCGGUAGCUACGGUGUUGGAUUUACAGUGCAAAGGUCUGGGUGGCGGCGGCGUUUGGGAUCAGAAUGGGUUUAUGCAAUGUAAUUUCAAUCUUGUGCGGGUGACACGGAUGUCCUCUGCAGAUACAAUCCGAGACAGUGGAACGCGAUGCGUUUGUGUAUGGAUCAGUGUUACAGAGAACAGCUGCUAUUGAAAAAAUGGUAGGAUCUUGUUUCGUCUCGACACGGUGUUUCGAAAGGCUCGCCAUGUGCAUACACCCAUCGUGUUGCAUGCCAAGAACAUG